UAUAAAGGGCAUGAACAAAAGAUUGUCCGUGUCAUUCUUCCGGUUGUUGUGGAUGCUGCUCAACAUGAAGCAUUAUUGGUAUUGAAGAAAUUGAAGGUACAUCUUAGCUGCGAAUUGUGUACUAGGAGGGAAUAUGCUCGAUGGUUAGUUCGAUCCAAUUCAAUGUUGGAAAGGAACCCGAAGCAUAGAUUACACAUCUCUUCUUCCGUUUCUAGUUCAGAAGUUGCUGCAUUUGAUGAUGUGAGGCCUGAAGACCCUGAUUUUGGGCCUAUACAAGCUCUUGCAAAGUCGGGUAUAACUAGUAGCAAGUUAUCAGGUAGCUGUUCCAAUUAUGACCCAAACGGCCUAGUCUACUUCUUUCCGGAUAGGUACUUCAUCGAUGUUCAAUGUAAUGUUUUUAUCGCGUCAGGAUCUUAUAGAUUGGAAAUCGCGCUAGAGUAUGGACGAAUAGUUCCUUGGGUUAAUGAAAAGAUAUCAAGGAUGGGCAUGGAUUUUAUGGAUAUGGGGAACAUCAGUUCCGAUGCAUCACAAUCGCUCUAUUUUGACAUGAUGGCCGGUGACAAGAGCAUACUCCGAAAAGUUUUUGGACAAGGUAAGCGGUUUCAGCCAAAAUAACCGCUCAACAAAGGCCAAGCAGCUGUAGCGCUGACCAGCGGAGGAUGGGGUGAUGCAAUUCAAUUUGAGAUAUCGAGGGUAGAAGCAGAGAGAGUGAAAGUGAAGAUGCUAGGCAGGGUGUUUGAAGGAGAAGGCAGGUUUGGAGGUGUCAGAAAGCAGUUGGUGGUUAGACUGAAUGAAGAAGUGAAAGAAAUGUCAGAAAGGCUUGAAUAUGAGAAGCGAAAGAUAUAUGAGCGAAAGAAUAUUGAGAAAGCAACGAGUAUUUAGAGAUGAAGCUAGAAGGAACAGGUGGAUACUAAAUGUAUACUUGAAACUGAGAUAGAGGCUCUGCGAAUACUAAGGUCUUGGAUUGAAGACGCUGGAAAGAAAAGCCAAGGCCGUGCAAUGGUUCUUGAGGAGGCGUGUAGAAGAUGGAAAUGGGGAAAUUAAUAAUAAUCAUUCGACAUGAGACUAUGAGUGUGUUUAUUUUGUUGUAGUGGCAGUAGUAUAUUUAGGGACUUUGAGGUGAAUGACUGAUACAUCUUUUUACAAACAUCACAAUAUAUGCAAUCUUUCCUUAAUUUGUGA